AUGACAAAACCUGAUCUGCCCUACAUCACUACAUACCCUUCAAGCGAAAUCCGCACACAAAUCCUCCAAACAGGUGUAGAUCUAUACAAUAAUCUUGUCCACACUUGGCUUCUUAUUCUUACAAAAUACCGCACCCUACUUACCCCAUCCCCAGCACUCCGCACCUUUCUUGAAUCAUACCUUGUCCAGUCAGCUGCUGUAAUUGCAACCCUCGAAUCUCAUGCAACUGCCCUUGAAAAACUUUCUGAAUCUGAUGCCCAAUUGCGCUCAGCUGUUCUCGCAUUACUAGUAGCACACCCCCUCGAUGAUCCUACAAAACUAGUCUUCCUCGAGGCUUUGGAAUACCCUGCACUACUUGCGUUUAUACGCACUUAUGGACCCUCUAACCUAUCUCUUGUGCGCAAGUCCUUAAAAACACUUUAUACCAUACGUGGUGGAAGACCCUUUGUUAACUCUCUGACUGCUGCUUUUCUUGCAGACCCGCCAACUAGCCUUGAUGCUCGGCUCCUGGCCACAGCAAUCUUACCUGCAUCUCCAUUACUGGCUAAAGACUGGGUCUCAGCAAAGUGGUUUUUCGCCUUGGAAAACUUAUAUUCUGAUUCACAAAAGGAUGAAACUAAACGUGCAAUAAUUGAAACUGCAGCUGCUUCCCUGCUCUUACCACUCUCUGUCCUAGACUCAAAUGCUAAAAUUAGAGUCCUCACAGAUGUCAUCAAUAAGGCUUCUUCAGGCCAACACUACCAUCUACUGGCCGCAAUGCUUAGUCACACAAACUUUGCAGGGCUUGUUGGUGUCCCCUCCCUUACAGUAACUCUUGAAACUGCACGUCUACGGCUCCCCAAGGAGCACUCCCCAGCAUUAGACAAGGGCAAAUCUGUGAAUAAAAAGCGUGGUGGACACAAUGCCCAGAAUGCCCAGAAUUCCCAGAGUUCCCAGAGUUCCCAGAGUUCCCAGAGUUCCCAGAGUUCCCAGAGUUCCCAGAGUUCCCAGAGUUCACAAAAUUCACAAAAUUCAAGUAAUACGGCUCCUACAAAACAAGAAAGAGAAGCAAUCGAAGGGAUCCGCGAUUUGUUCCCACAACUCUCAGAAGCUGCUGUUUUACAAGUGUUGCGCAAAAAUAAUGGUUCGGCAGAAGAAACAACUGCUUAUUUACUAGAAACCCCAGACGAACUUGAUCAAUUGGCAGCUCAACUUGAUUCAACUUUAUCUCAACCUCAGGUAUCUACUACAAGUUCUUCUCAAUUACAAACGAUUCCUACAGCUCCUACAGCUCCUGUAGCUAGUCAAUCCAAAUCUCGCAACGUGUUUAAAGACGAUUUGGCCAAGCUUGCGACCCAAAAGGCAGAAAAAAAGAAUCUGAUUUUCGGCAAAAAGGAAUUCCAAAUGGGCCGCGCAGAUACCUCUACACUAGAGUCAACCCUGCUGCGAAUUUAUCAAGCAGAUGAGGACGAGCACGACGAUACUUAUGAUGAUGCAGAGGAAACAUCAGCAGGACCAGCUAAUGGGAACAGUGCACGUGCUGUAGAACCUGUAGCAGGAGAUGAUGGAGCCAGUGCCCAGAUUGUGGCUAGUCGGCGCAACAAACAUAAAGAUAAGCAGGUGUCUAAAGCCAAGGAUGAGGUUUCAGAAAAGGAAGAGAAUAUGAAAAAGAAGACGGAGAAGACUGAGAGUGAAGAGGGAUCUUCAUCGGCACCAGAUUCCAAAAACAUAUCAACUGAUGCUGUAGAAAAGAUUUUAUGGGAACGGUAUGAACGAGGGCCUGGUGAAUUUUCAGUUUCAGCACGGAGGACGCGUGCGCGGGCCGAACUUCGGUCAGCGACUGGAUGGUCGAAUGAGCAAAUUGAAGGAUGGGCGCGGAUGCUUGAACGACUUCCGAAGCGUAAGGAGAUGCUUGCAGAAAGGUAUAUGUUUAAGGGUAAUGCACUGACGAUAGCUCCGAGUUCAUAUCGGGCACGCAACACCAAGUAUGAGGAAGAUGGGGGAGAAGAAGAUGGAGAAGAUGGAGAAGGUGGAAGUAAAAAUGGGCAAAGAUCAAAAUCAAGACAGCAGCAGCAGCAGCAGCAGCAGCAGCAAUCUUCGUUGCGGAAACAAAAUGGUCAAGGUCAAGGUGGAGGAGCAGCAAGCAGCAGUAACAGUAACAAGACUCCGGAACAGGUACGUCGUGAGCAAGCUCGCAAGGAGAAAAACAAGGCACGGACUGGCAACCAUAAUCGGAAAUCAGGACAUGCGCGCAAAAUGGAUCGUGCUGGGGCGUUUUCUUAA